AAGGGACGUCCAUUUAUUUUGGUUCUUCGCGUGAUAUUGCAGAAUUUGUCAGCAGAAUCGCAGGUAUUUCUAUACGUUCCUACCUUUUCUGUUAUUUUCACCAAUCAGACCAUCCGUUUUUUUAUCCAGAAAUUUCUCUUUCACUUUAAUCGAUCGUUCGAUGUUGAUGAUGCUGCACAACGGAGCAGCACAGCCCUAAUCGCUGAUAAGACCCCAUCGCGGAAAUCAGUAUUUAUGCGCCUGCAGUCGUGAACGAACAGAAGAAAUCGGAGCCAAGAUGCUGGAGAUCGACAUUGCGGAUGCGGAGCAUGUCCUGGACGCGGACGACCUGGACGAGGACGAGCAGGAGGAGUACGACGCGCUGCAGCGGCGCUCCUCCACGGCCGGGCCGCCACGGGCGCGCAAACACUACCAGCAACAACUGGGCGCCAACUUCAUGCUGCCCUACCACUCCCUGCUGGAGGAGGAGGCGGCCACGUGGUUCGCCGAGAUCAAGGAGGGCCUGGCGCGCUCCGUGCUGACGGGGGACUACCGGCCGGGGCUGGUGUUGUGGUUCGGCCGGAUGGAGCAGUAUUUGCGGCUGUACGGCCGGCGGUUUGAUAAGGCCGACCAUGUGCAGCUGGUGCGCUUCUUCUUCGAGCUGGUCAUCGACCACAACAUGGAGGCCAGUAUUGUCGCGCGGUCCGCGCAGAUUCUAACGGAUUUACUACGCAAAACGGAGCUGCUGACGCCGGACGAUGUGCAGAUCCCGUGGCGGAAACUGUACGAGACGUACGAGCACUUUCAGUACAACCGCGACGAAUGGCACGGCCUGAUGAGUGUGCCGGACUCGUUGGAACGGCGCCUGACGGAACUGAUCCACUUCUGUCGGGUAUACUUCGCCCCGGAGGCCGCCCAGGAGAUGCUGGACACCUGGCGCCCCCUGCUCUGUCCGCACUCCUCCUCCAUGAAGAAGGCCAUCAAGUAUUUCAGUAUGUUCCUGCCCACCGUCGGCCGCGAGGGGGAGCAGCCGUGGAAAGUGUGGUUCGAUGAGAUGAUGGGAAUCUGGAUGACGUUCUCGGGUGUGCCGACCUGGGAGAGCGAUCUGGUGUCGUUGCUGGCGCGGGUCGCGCUGGAGACCAGCGGCCACAUCGACUGGCGCCCGUACAUCAGCGUCAUCUUCAACAAGUUCCUGCGCAAUCUGAAGCUUCCGGUGGGGAAGAAGCGGCUGAAACUGGUGUUCGGGGGGAAGGCCUUCGAUGCGACCAGUGCGGCCAUGUGGCCGGUGGGCAUGCUGCACCAUGAAGAGUGCCUGGUGGCGUUGGAGACGCUGUUUAAGGCUGUGGAAUCGUAUUUUUAUCCGUCCAACCACGGCGAAUGGUCGGGUAAUCUGUCCAGUGUGAUUAUGCGGCUGGCCUUGGGGGUGGUGGCGCGGGUUAAUGCGGAACGAUACCGGGAAAAAUCCUGGACGCCGGAGGUUCCCGUGGACGCCCGCUUGACCGACGCGACCAUCCGGCGUUUCGUUAAAGGAAUGAAGCCGUUGGUGCUGCUGAAUAUGUACAGUAAGAGCAUCGGGCCCCGCCUGGAAAGUAUGUUCGCCUUGAAGAACCUGGCCGAGCUCUGCCCCGAGGAGAUUGUCCCUGACAUCCUGGAGCGACUGUACCCGGCGCUGGACGCCUUGACUGAGCCGCAGCGAUUGACGGUCUCGCUCUCGGGCAUGAGUAUGUGCAUGCGCAGUUUGCUGAUGAUGCCGGAUGGACGGAAACAUGUGCUGCCGCUGCUGCUGGGCGUUCUUCCGGGGAUUGAUUCCAAUGAUUUCCGCAAGAGCGGCUGCACCUUCCAGUUUCUCACUGCCUUGCUGUCUAUGGUGCCGCUGGAAGAUUCAUCCCGCUACGGUGACCGAGACGAAUUGACGCCCGAGGAGCGUGAUCUGUGCCUGGAGACGUCAGGAUUCGAGGAUUUCGCUCUACAGUGCAUGGAACGCUGUUUAACUUAUAUUUUGAAUUCGACGAACGACCUGCACGGCCGGCAUGACUCGGUGUCGCGCGACAUCAACGAGCGCAUGACGCAGGAGGAGCGCUUCACGCGGCUGGGCAUGUCGUCGCUGAUCGCCACCAUCAUCUUCCAGUCGUCGGACAAUAUCUGCCAGGCCAUCCUGCAGAAACUGUACUCCUUCGUGUCCAACCGCACCCUCAGCUACAGCCACUACACCGGGGUGGCCGUGUCCAGUUUCUGCGCCAUGGCCAUGAAGUUCCGUCUGCGCAUCGCCGAGACCGAGAUCCUCGAGCCCCUCAUCAAAAUGCUGAAGGUGCGCGUGGAUCUGCGCCGUAACGACAUCCCCGAAAACGACCAGAUCGACGACGAACUGGCCUGGACAGUCAAGCUGGUCUCCGACAGCCUAGUCUUCUGCGGCAAAUCCAUCCUAACCCACCGCAACACCCUCCUGGAAUGCUUAGAGGUCUUGAAAGAGACGAAAUGCACGCAGCUGUUCAAGCUGGUGGCCGGCAUGGUGCGGGCGGUGCUGCGCGGGGUCCUGAGCACCUUUCCGGUGAAUAUCGGGUCGGUGGAUGCGCGGGAGAUGGCGGAGGAGAGCGGGGAGUAUGUCCCGGUGCGGCAGUGGGGCAAGCUGGUCCAACCCAGGAAAGUACAGAUGGACUGGCAUGUGGCGGAUGAGGAGGAGCUGGAUUUCGCGGAGGAGAUGCUCGGGGUGUUGCUGCUGCCGGCGUUGGAGGCGUUGCAGCGGCAUGCGAGCGGGGAGGGGAUGAUGGAGCGGAAGGAGCUGGAGCGGACGCUGUUGAUGGUGGAGAUGUGCGUGGCCGGUGCCGGCAUCCGUUUCCCCUUCGACACCGCCCCCGAGAAACGCCUCCUGCCCUGCCCCACCUCGGUGGAGAUCUACUCCAAGCAGCCCGAUCCCAUCAUCAGUCUGUCGCAGCGCGAGAUCCGUCUGCGCGGCCAACCAGCCCGCGACUACAUCUUCCAGCACGUCCAGCCGGUGCUGCGCAAGAUCUCGGCGGCGGAUGAGGACGACGUCAAGUCCAUCAAGAUCAUUCUGCGCAUCUUCAAGGCUCUCAUGUUCUUCCGCGGGCUGGAGAACGAGGAAUUGCAGAUGCGGAUUAAGGCGCAUAUUAUUUCCAGGAAGACCAUGACGCGGGUGCUGGGAUCGAAAAAGGAACAGAUGCGCUUGGUGGUGUUCGAGCGGGUACUGCUGCAGCAUGAACGACGCCAUUAUGACCAUCGUGGCUCACCGCUGACCGUCCUGCGGUCGGCCAUCAUGAAGGAGAUGAUCGAUCUGGCCACCGGGCAGUACCGGGAUGUGCGCGUGCUCGGGCAGAACUACUUCCAGGACGCCCUGGCCAAUCUGCAGUUCACCUACCGGGCGUUCGUCGACGACAUCAUCAGCAAGCUGGAGACGUCCAAGGAUAACAAGGAGAUGGCGGCGCAGAUGAAGGGCGCGCUGUAUCUCAUCUUCGGCGGCAAAGGCGGCUCACUGGUCACCAAACACGACUGGCACACGCUGUCCAAGUGCUUUCCGUGCCUGAUCAAAGUGACAUCGGAGAGCAAGACGGUGUCGUUGAUCUUCGAUAAACUGGCGGACAAGAUGGACCGGCACUUCUCGACGACGACGAUCCACAUUGUGCAGGCCGAGAAGGCCAUGGAAGUGGCCCGCCAGAUGCUGGUGAAAAAUGCCGGCGCGGCGGUGGACGGCGAUCCUCCAUCGGUCCACGAUAUGGAGGAGAUGUGGGAGAACCGGGCCGUGGAGAGCCGGGAGAACGAGAAGCUCUUCUUCGUCCUCGUCAAUGAGCUGCUGGAUUUUGUACGCGAACGCCUGACGAAACCAAAGAACUUCCACUUUUCCCUCUUUGUCCUGUCGCAUCUCAUUCGUCGUGAUGUGGCCUUGGAGCCGAACAUGAUCGACACCUUCAUGGACAACUGGGCCAAUCCCAGUUCGGAGAAGGCGCGCAAACUCUCCCAGCACCCGAUGCUGAGUUUUAUGCGCUGGCUGAAGCGGCCCAUCGUCCGCACCGAAGUGCACUUAAAAAACACGCUGACCAGCGCGCCGAAUGGUCUCCCGCCCGCCGGGAUCCGUCCCGACAAUCUCUGGCUGUGCUUCGACGAAGCCAAACUCCCUCGCAACACGGAGGAAUACGAUAAUACGAUCUUCGUGGAGAAGAUCCAGCAUGGCUACUAUGGAUGGCCGGAAACGCUGAAGUUGGCAGCUCCGCUGAAGGAUCAGAUCUGUCUGGGUAAAGUGCCGGAAUCGUUGAACCAGCUGGAGAAGAUCAUCUACGAGAAGAUGACGGACGAGGCGUACGUGGAUAUUCUCAUACGAUUGCUAUCGGUGGAAGACUCCAAGUUGCACGGGAAAUUCGAUACAUACACCUACUGGAUUUUCCGCACACUGUUCCGGCAUUUUGAAGACGCGUUUUUGCCGCUGUUAUUACCGCAUCUGCAGCGUUUGAUCGCGUCUAAAGAGGAGCAUCAGCAGCGGUGUGCAGCGGAAAUUUUAACGGGAAUUAUUCGUGGUUCCAAGCGAUGGCCGUACAAGAAAAUCACCCAUCUAUGGGAGCAGUUAACCCCGCUACUAAAAUUGGCGCUGAACAAUCUGACCACGGAGUCGCUGGCGGAUUGGGGGGAGCUGGCGCAUUCCGGGCUAAACGAGGGGGAUGCGCGGCGCACCUAUCCCCUGCUGAAAGUGCUGUUUGAUCUGCCGAAGAACGACACCUCUUUCCAGGCGUCAUCGCGGCUGUACGUCCUGCAGAGUGCCUUCUUCGUGCAGUAUGACUGGCGCCGGAAGGAGCUGCACCAGCGCAUCGAGGAGAUUAUGAAGGAACGGAUGGAGGAGCGCUACCGCGACCGCGUGGCCUGGACGCUGGCCAAUAUGUACAGAUGUGAAAUCCAGCUGCCGAACCUGUCGAAAGAAAUGGAGCAGGGACCGAAAUUUGUGAAUCUGCUGAAGGAGUAUUUUCCGCGUUGUAAGGAGUUGCUGAAGAGCGGGAAUAGUCCGACGGAACUGGAAGAUAUUAUGCGUCUGUUCAAGACGAUGGUCAAACUGAUCUGUCAGCAUGUUCUCAACACGAUGGGCUUCUCACCGCCGGAGCUGCAGUGGUUUCUGCCGUUGCUGAUGCGUUUCGAGAGCGACACGCGGGACGACGAGCUGCGACGGGACUGUGUGGCGGCCCUGGCCUGCUUGUCGCAGAUCGCCCUGUCGCCGGCGGAGAUCGGGGAGAUGCUGGGGCAGGUGGAGCGCAUCUUAGCCGAUGUGGGCAAUGCGUUGUGGUGGCGCGAUCGGGUGCUGGCGCUGGAGCAUCUGCAGACGGCCGUCUUCAGCAACUUCUUCGCCAUCCAACGCCUGACGCCGUCGCCGGUGGCGCGCGUCAAGCAGAUGGUCCUGGGCAGUCUGGAGGAUGAGAGUCUGGAAGUGCGCGAGAUGGCCUGUGUCACGUUGGCCGGUUUGGCGCAGUGCGGUUUCCUGCAGUUGGACAAACCCCUCCUAGACCGCUUCUACCGGCAGUCGGAGACGCCCGUCAUCAAACAGCCGACGGACGCCCGCACGCCCAAAUCCCUGUUAACGCGGCACGCCGGCGUGUUGGGGCUGUGCGCCUACAUCGUCUCGCAGCCCUACGGCAUCGGCCAGCACGAACCCGACGUCCUGGUGCUGCUCAGCGGGCACGUCAACGAUCCGCAGCCGGUCAACCAGACGGUGAAGAACACCAUCAAGGAAUUCCGCCGCACGCAUCUCGACAACUGGGCCGAACACAAGACCAAGUUCACCGAGGAGCAGCUGGCCUUGUUGACCGAUCUGCUCGUCUCGCCCACGUACUAUGCGUGAAAUAAUACUGUGUUCUUGGUGGAAAGUUAUGCUGUUAAAAUGGAAGAAAAAUUUGGGGAAAAUUGUUGCGUUGAUUUGGCGUGUUUUUACUGGUUAGAUUGGAUGUCCCUGGAUUGCAGAUAAUAAUGUUAUUGACUUGAGUUUGAAGAGAUUGUGAUCGUGUGGCUUGCGAUAAUUUUCCUCUGAAUAUUGUUUUUUAUUAAUAAAAUAUCCCAUUCUA